AUGCUGGGGACAGUCUUCAAAACGAGCGAUCCGUUCGACGCAGACAAUUGGAGUGAUCCUUACACAUUCCCGACUCCCAACGGAGAUUUGGAUCUUUUCUGGGACGACGACGGAAAGAUGUACAUCCCGGGAGGCGGCCACGUUCUCCUCGACGUCGACCUCGAGACAGGGACAGUUGUCAACAACACUUUUCUCUGGGCUGGCACCGGCGGCGUGUGGCCUGAAGGUCCCCACCUCUAUCGCAAGGACGGCUGGUACUACAUCUCUGCCGCCGAGGGAGGGACCGAGACUGGGCACUACCAGGUCAUGGCUCGAUCUUCCAGCCUGACGGGCCCGUACGAGCCGUGCCCGUACAACCCGGUCUUGACCAACAAGGGUACCAAUGAGUAUUUCCAGACCAUCGGCCACGCAGAUCUAUUCCAAGACUCUGAUGGAAACUGGUGGGGCGUCGCACUUGCGACCCGUUCCGGGCCAGAAUGGAGAAUCUAUCCCAUGGGCCGAGAAACAGUCCUGUACCCAGUCACCUGGCGAGAAGGCGAGUGGCCGAUACUGGAACCUGUUCGAGGUAAGAUGUCAGGUUGGCAGAUGCCCCCAGCAUCCAGAGACCUCCCGGGAGACGGCCCAUUCAACUCGGACCCCGACGCGUACGACUUCACGACACUGAGCGUUAUCCCUCGGAAUCUCAUCCACUGGAGAGUUCCAACUGACGGCGCCUUUUCGAUUGAUAGCUCGAGAGGACUUCAUAUUGUGCCUAGUCGCGCGAACCUCACGGGCGAUAAUGCGGAUCUGGAUGGUCGUUCGGGGCUCUCUUUCAUUGGACGACCUCAGACCGACUCUCUUUUUACGUUCGAAGCCAUCAUUGAUGCACCGCUGACUGAGGUUGACCAAGAAACUGGCGUUACUUUGUUCCUGACGCAGUUCAACCACGUCGAUGUCGGGGUAGUGAUCCUACCCAAGGCCGACAGCUCCGGAGGAAGCGAUCGCAUGCUACACUUUAGGGCCACGGGAGAAGAUGCUCCGGCAGAAAAUAUUGUCAAGGUACCUGAAGCGUGGGGAGAGGACUCGAUCCGCUUUCAGAUUGCCACAGUCAACAACACUCACUACACAAUGGCCGCAUCCCAAGCCUCUCAACCUGACCAGCAAGUCGUUAUGAGUACGUUCUCAGCAAGAUUGGUCAGUGGACAGAGUGGUCCUUUCACCGGAUCGUUGGUCGGUGUUUAUGCCACCUGUAAUGGCGCUGGCUCGGGAGUUGAUUGCCCAUCCGGAGGUGAUAGCUGGGUGAAGGAAUGGCUUUACGAGGGCAAAGGUCAAUACUACACAGCAACGGACCUUGUUCCAGAGUAG